GAACAUUGCCGGAUGGCCCGCUUAAUACCGGGUUGGAUCCGGGUCGAAACAAGUUUCUUUCGCCGCCGCAACAUCGACAUGACCUUACCUUUUCCGGGCAUCCAAGCAGAGGCGGCGAAUACCUCAGGCAUCCGUGAAAGCUUCCAAUAAAUGGAACUUCCAACGGUCAUAAUCCAAGCAAAUGGCGGUGGUGCUCGCUUCUACUUCUGCAUCAUCCAGAAAGGUACUCCCACUGCUCCUCAAACCCUUCUCAACCUCUCCCUUAUUCGCAUUUUCAUCUAUCAGUCACUACUCUUCACUCACAAAAACCCUAGUAGUGGACCAAAUCACAAGAGCUUUUCGCCAAGAAAACCUGAAGCUCUUAAACCCCAAAACCCUCUCCGAAUUACGACCCCACCACGUGGAACCAAUUCUUUUUCACCUCCGCUCCAGACCCAGUUCAGCAAUCAGGUUUUUUGAAUGGUCUGAGAAUUUCCUAGGGUUUAACCACUCUUUUGAAUCCUUUUGUGGGCUUGCCCAUGUGUUGCUCAGCAAGAGAAUGUUUGAUUCUGCUAGAUGGGUUUUUGACAAAAUGGUUGGAAAGUUUGGGAAUUUAGAUGCUUUCUCUGUGUUGGAAAGGGGUUUCAAGAGUUAUGGCUCGAAUCCUAGUACGGUGUAUAGCUUCUUAGUCGGGAAUUAUUGUAGAGUUGGGAUGGUUGAUCGGUCGGUUGAGAUAUUUGUUAGAAUGUCUGAGUCGGGUAUCCCAGUAUCGCCAUAUGCGUUAUCCACAUUGUUAAGUUCUUUGGUGGAUUCGAAGUGGAUUGACGAUAUUUUGGACGUGUAUGGAAAAAUGGGUAAUGGGUUGAGGGAAGAGCAGAGCCUGUGUAUUAAUGUGUAUGAUUUUGUAAUGAAUGGUUUCUUCUUGAAGGAUGAGGUUGAAAUGGGCUUCUGUUUUCAUAGCGCAAUGAUUGAGAGAGGAUUUUUUAUUGAUAUUGUUACUUGUAAUAAGGUUAUAAAACGUCUUUGUAAAGGUAAUUCUAUAGCAGUUGCUUCUAAGUACUUUUCCUUGAUAGCAAAGGUUGGUCCAAAGCCAAGUUUGGUGACAUUUAGCACUCUGAUUAACUGGUAUUGUCAGGAUUCGCAAAUGGAGGAGGCCUUUGAUCUUUAUGAGCUCAUGAUAACGAUGGGUAUAGCUCCUGAUCUAAUCGUUUAUAGCAUUCUCAUUGACGGGCUCUUUAGGGUGGGGAAGUUGGAGGAGGGACAUCGUCUUCUCUUGGCAGCACUGGACAGAGGCAUCAAAUUGGAUGUGGUGAUUUUCAGCUCAGUUGUCAAUGCACAUGUGAGAAUUGGACAUUUAGAGAAGGGCAUUGAAAUAUACAAUAGAAUGCUGGAAGAAGGAAUCAUGCCGACCAUAGUCACAUAUAGCAUUCUCAUAAACGGCUUGUGUCAAAAGGGUCGACUUCUUGAGGCUUGUGGUUUAUUUGGUCAGAUUAUGAAACAAGGAAUUGAGCAGUCUGUUUGCACUUAUAGUUGUCUCAUUGAUGGCUUCUGCAAACAGGGAAAUUUGAAAGAUGGAUUUGACUUGUACGAGGAUAUGGUAAAUAAGGGCCAUAUUCCUGAUGUUAUUGUUUAUGGUGUCCUUGUAAGUGCUCUUAGCAAACAAGGGCAGAUGGUUGAUGCUCUUAAAUUCUUCUAUGGGGCUGUGAAGAGAGGUUUGAGACCAAAUGUGUUUAUUUUCAACAGCUUAAUUGAUGGUUGGUGUAGAUUGAAUCAAAUAAAGGAGGCUGUGAAGCUAUAUGUCCAUAUGGGUAUGUACACCAUAAUUCCCGACUUAGUAACUUAUACUGUGCUCAUUAAAGGGACAACGGAGAAAGGGAGGCCACUUGAGGCAUUAAUUCUUUUCUUCCAAAUGCUGAAGAGGGGUUUUUCUCUGGACCUUGUAGCGUAUUGUGCUCUCAUUGAUGGAUUCUGCAAACAAAAGAAUCCAAAAGCCGCGCUCCAGAUUUUUGAGCUGAUGCUAAAAAAUGGAGUAAAUCCUGACAUUACCAUUUACAAUGUUCUCAUUAACAUGUUUUUCAAGGAAGGUCGGUUAAAAAAUGCAUUGGAACUUUUCAAGAAGGUUCAUGACUGUGGGCCACAACCGAAUAUUGUGACAUACAACACAAUGAUUUGUGGCUACUCCUCUUGGAAAAUGUUGAGCAUGGCUGUUCAACUUUAUGAAGAGCUGAAACGCGGCUUGAUCCAACCCACUGCCAUAACUUUCACCAUUCUUAUUGAUGCUUUCUGUAAAGAAGGACAAAUGGAUGACGCCAUGUUGUUAUUCUCCACAAUGAUUGAAAAAGGUCCGGAACCCAAUGUGGUCACUUAUAGUUGUUUGAUUGACGGCCACUUCAAAUCCUAUUGUAUGGAAAAUGCUUUUGAGCUUCAUGAGGAGAUGCUACGGCAGAAUGUCUCUCCAAAUAUUGUGAGUUACAGCAUCUUGAUUGAUGGUCUAUGCAAAAGGGGACUUGUGGAGGAAGCUUCUAAUAUAUUCGAUUGUGCUUUAAACCAGGGUUUAUUACCUGAUGUGGUAGCAUAUGGCAUUUUGAUCCGGGGUUACUGUGAAGUUGGACGGUUAGCGGAAGCCACGAUGGUAUAUAACCGUAUGCUGGGAGACAACAUAUUGCCAGAUAGUUUUGUACAGAGGACACUCGCAGAUUACAAUCUUCAAACUGGUUUUGAAAAAGAAUUGCAUACUCAAGUGAAGGCCAUAGGUAGAUCUGGACGUAGAAACAUUGACAUUUGACGGACAAUCUACUCUGCUUCCUUUCUGUAAAGUAACUCCAACCUAUUGGUGAUACUAUUGGUUAUUGACUGACUUUUUGUACAUGUAUCCACUUAUUUAGUUGAUUUUGUGCUAAGUCACCUAAUGCGCGUGCGCUAGCAGGAAAGAGUCUUUCAAAAACAUCUCAAACUACUGAAAUUCGUAAGAGCAAGAAUUAGAGUGGGAGUAUUGAGAGCGGGAGCUACAAUCUGUGCUCUGGGCAAUUCCAGUCCACCUCCUCAGCCUUGUACAUAUGCCGCCCGCGUGAAGAAGUUCUUCUCUAAUUCCCAAAAGUCAAGCCACCAUUCUUCAGUGAUGAGCUCGGUGGAAAGUCUUAUUGAAGGAUUAUGUGACUAAGAUUUCGUGUUCCAGUUUUUAUUUGAAGAACUGGAAGCAUUCAGCCAAAUCCAUAGGUAGUUCGAAGAUAUUAUGAAGAGUAAAUUAGGUCAUGUAAUCAAGGGAGUUGGGAGGAGACCCAUUGGGCAGGGAUAAUCAUUACGGUCCUGGGAGAGGUGGUGAUCGAACCUCCAGGCUUUUUAGCACGGGACAAAAAAAGUUUACUGGCAUUGAGAAUCAAAAAAGGUGUAAGAGCCAGUGCAAGCGGGAGAAGAAAGGGGGAGACCAUGUGAAGCAACCAUAAAAUCUGCUGAUCUACUUGAAUCACAUCGUGAAGGUAUCACUCUAUGCAUAUUCAAUAUCACAACCAUCGGAACACCUAUCGAGACAGAGAAUUCUGACCAGAAUUCGACGCCUGAUUAUUGACCGAGCACCCCCUCAACUGCUUGGUGAAAAUCCAGUUUACUUACUUUAGGACCGUCACCCCAAGGGUAGCAGUCAAAACUGAUGUAGGUAGCAGAGAAAAUUUUCAGCAUUUUCUGUUGUGUUCUUUGAGGAAUUGAGAUAGCUGUCUGUCCCCCUCAACCGCUUGGCGAAAAUCCAGUUGACGUACUUUAGGACCGUCACCCCAAGGGUAGCAGUCAAAACUGAUGUAGGUAGCAGAGAAAAUUUUCAGCAUUUUCUGUUGUGUUCUUUGAGGGAUUGAGAUAGCUGUCUGUCCCCCUCAACUGCUCGGCGAAAAUCCAGUUAACAUACUUUAGGACCGUCACCCCAAGGGUAGCAGUCAAAACUGAUUUAGGUAGCAGAGAAAAUUUUCAACAUUUUCUGUUUGUGUUCUUUGAGGGAUUGAGAUAGCUGUCUGUUUUUAGAAUGAUCCACAUGAGAAAAGAAUUGUGGGUUAUGAAAUUUCCAAAGAAAGUGCCCUUUAUUAUUUUGUUGCAUUUUUUACUGCAGUAGAAACUAAUGUUCCACUUGAAGAUAUCCAAGGCAAUGAUU